GGCUAAGCAUCUUUUGUUAAUGCGCAAGAGGCGUGAAAGCAGACACACCAGUCAUUGCGCAGAGGAUAUGGAUGUGGACGCGUCGCGCGCUCUAAUAUCUGGUGCGGACAGGCUGCACUCAGCGGCGCUCAAGGUGGCCAAAUGAAUCACCGCCCUCCCGGCUCGUCCAACGUGCAAUGGCUUAACCGGAGAGACAUGAGUGUCCGGACAGAGGACAGUAUUAGCUUGUGCCAAAGGGCCCUCCAAAUUGUAAAGGAGCUGUGUCUCGCCGGGCAUGUAGAUCGGGAGAAAUGUUCGGAUAUAAUUCCCUUUGAAAGCAGCAUACCAGGUAAAGGAAACGCAGACAUCUCUGUCAGUCUCCUUGCUGUGGUCGUGGGUUUCUGUGGCCUCGCCCUGUUGGUAGUCUCUCUCUUUGUCUUUUGGAAGCUGUGCUGGCCUAUCUGGAGGAGCAAGGCACUCUCAUCCCAUGCCGACAACAAUGGCCUCCGGGUCGGACUCCCCGAAGCUCCUCCACCCAUCCUGCCGCCGGUCCUCGAGCCCAAGGUGGCGAUGGAGGAGGAGAAGAAGAAGAAGGUGCCGGAGGUCAAGCUAAACGGGCGGAGCUCAGUCAAGCUCCUGGAGGCGGCCAUGAAGAUCAGCCAGACGUCUCCAGACAUCCCCGCCGAGGUGCAGACUGCGCUUAGAGAGAGGCUCAGCCAGCAGGCCAAGAUCCAGAGACAGACCACUGAGCCCACCUCCUCCUCCAGACACAAUUCAUUCCGCCGCCACCUGCCUCGCCAGAUGAACGUUACAAGUGUAGACUUCAGUAUGGACACCCUGCCCAUCCGCCAAUCCUCUACGGUAAGCAUCGGACGAAUCAAGCCAGAGCUCUACAAACAGAAGUCUGUCGACUCGGAGGACGGGGCCAAAGAACCGGUGGAGACGUGUGGAAAGCUGAGCUUCUCUCUACGAUACGACUACGAGGAGCAGGCGCUGGUGGUGACGAUCCUGAAGGCCCUGGAGCUGCCCGCCAAGGACUUCACAGGAACCUCCGAUCCUUACGUCAAAAUCUACCUGCUGCCGGAGAGGAAGAAGAAGUUCCAGACUCGAGUCCACCGCAAGACCCUCAACCCCACGUUCGACGAAGCCUUCUGCUUCCCCGUGGAGUAUGACCAGCUGUGUAACCGCAAGCUGCACUUCAGUGUCUACGACUUUGACCGCUUCACCAGCCAUGACAUGAUCGGAGAGGUGGUGGUGGACAACCUUUUUGAGCUGUCCGAUCUGUCCAGAGAGGCAGUGGUUUGGAAGGACAUUCAUGUCGCCACUACGGAGAGUGUGGACCUUGGAGAAAUCAUGUACUCGCUCUGCUACCUUCCGACGGCAGGCAGGAUGACAUUAACCGUUAUCAAGUGCAGGAACCUCAAAGCCAUGGACAUCACAGGCUCUUCAGACCCCUACGUGAAGGUUUCUCUGAUCUGUGACGGGCGGAGGCUGAAGAAGAGAAAAACCACCACAAAGAAGAGCACGCUCAACCCAGUUUACAAUGAAGCCAUUAUCUUUGACAUUCCUCCGGAGAACGUAGAACAAGUCAGCUUGUCUAUCAUGGUGAUGGACUAUGACCGGGUAGGACACAACGAGGUGAUUGGGGUUUGUCGCACAGGCCCAGAGACUGAGGGUCUUGGACGUGACCACUGGAAUGAGAUGUUAGCUUAUCCUCGCAAGCCCAUCACACAUUGGCAUGCCCUGGGAGAGGUAGAAGCCUGUUCUUUUUUCUUGAAAUGGCCAGGAAGAGCAACAAGCUUCGAGAGCCAGGGCUCCUGUCCUUCCCCCAAACCUCCUCUGACGCCCUGAAGAAGACAGGUUGAACCAAAUACCACAUUACCUAGGAUAACGUUAUUUAUUCAGGUGUUAUGAGACAUUACUCAAUUAAAUAAAACAUUGCACAAUAUGCAAUUCCUCCCUUAAGAGGUUAUAGUUUGGGUGAGUGUAGUUCAUUAAUGCAGUGCCAACAAAACAUUAUUAUCUUCAUGAGAAGUUGGUAGAUAUUUUUUGUUCCAAGUAUGGUUAAUUUACUUCUUAAUUUACAGUACAGAAAAUCUGCCUAGGCAUUUGAUCUGUAUCACAUACAGUAGGUGAAUUAACAAAGUUAAAGUUAAGUUAAAAAGUUGCAAAGUUUACAUUGAAAAUUGUUAAAGAAAAUACAUUCCAGGACUUAACUUUCAUCAAUAUCCUGCAGUGUGAAUUAAGUAAAUUGUCAUUUAAUAAUAUUGCACAGGAACUUCCUUAAAUGGCAAAUGUGCUACUGUAUGUGAGCAUCUUUCAAAGUUCUUUAGUUGCCAUUUUCACAUUGGAUGGUGCAAUACUAAAGGGCUCAGCUCGAUGUCAUGACCUCAACAUUGCCUAAGUAGACUGUGAAUAAGAAGUCCCCAAUAUAAACACAGGUGGUCUAAACGUAUAGGGCUGGGUGGACAUCCUAUUUCAGAGUAUACACAUUAUUUUGCCACCUGGCCACUGACAGUCUAUGCUUAUUUUAACAAAGUACUGUAUCAGGCAUACAGUAUUUGGUUGAACUAUUUCCAAAACCUGGUAAUUGUCAAAAUCACAGUGAAGUAAGUAGCUGAACAGUAGCCAGUAUGUAGCAGGCUGUUUUUACAUAGUGGAAUGUACAUUGUGUAGUCAGCAAGGCACAAUAACUAAAUUAAUGAAUAUUCCCUUUUCAGAGAAAAACAAAUAAUUUAAUUACUAGGCUGUAUUCAUGUUAUGACAAUAUAACAAUCAAUUAUCAUUAAUCAAAAUUAAUUAAUUAAUUUUGGAAGUCAUGAAUAAUUAGAUACAUUUAAUUUGACAUUUUCCUCUAGUUGGCUGGCUGUAUAAAGAGUUUAAGUAUGGAAAGAUGCUAAAUGAACAUAAAACAACCAAGCUUCUUUCAUGUUAAAUUGUUGUAUAUCAACUAGUUAGACUUUCUUUCUUUCAAAAACUUACUGGUUGUGUUAUAUUUUGUGCUUCAUAUAAAGCCAUAUGAUACAAAGUAAAGAACCUUUCAGUCUUAAAGAAUAUUUCUGAUUUACACAUAAGUAAUAAUACAAAAGAAACAUAGCAAAUACUUAAAGGCUAUGAACUGUUAACUUUUCUUUGCACAUCAAAAUAAUUAGCUAUCGCCCCUAACUAUCCCCAGGAUUAAAACCCAUGGUUUUUUGUACUUUGUAGCAUGCAUGUCAAUGUAUUAUAUCAAUAUUGUUGAACAAGUCAAACUUAAGUUAAAUUAAAUUAAUAUAUUAUAUAGUAUUUUAUACAUACCAAUACACUAUGUUUACAUUUGUACAUACACCUCUUAAUGCAAGUGUUUGUAUAUAUUUAAAAGAAACACAUAAGAGCGUUUGUUGUUGUAUACUUCUUGCGAUCAAAAAGUGAAUGUGUAUUUAUAUGGAGUGUUUGGUGAUAAUUUGUACAGCUCAAGCUUGUGCUUUUCAUUGUAUUUAAUACUCAGUAAGUAUCAAUGGUGGAAAACUAGUCUAAGUAUAUCAGUGAACUAAAUUUUCUUUGGAUGCUCCAUAUAUAAGAAUUUAGUGCGUAUCUGCUGAAUUUAUGUGAAAAUAUCUACUGAGAAAGAACAGAAACUGUAACCACAUGUCAUGAAGUGUACAGUUUGUGAUAACUUUUGUAACAAUUUGCAGUAAAUAUUUGAAAUAUGAUUUACUGUGUGUUUCCUAUGUAUUUUAACAAAAUAAAACAUUGAACAUGUAAAGCUUCAGGUCCACUUGUGAUAAGUGAUUUGUAGUUUCUGGGUGAAAUGAAAUAGCUGUGAAAUGGCAAUAUGUGAGUCUUACUGUCUACAGUUUAAUAUUAUUUUGUGAUAAGAGUUACCUAAUGGGCCUCUGAGUGGUAUGUAAUUAUUCAUCCUUGUCAAGUUGUUGAAUUUUGGGGUAAAUAAAAGUGGCCUAUAUUCAUCAAAAGUAGUGGUGCAGGUAUAAAUGGCAGAGUGGUUGGAACCUAGUUCUUUAGAUCUAUUGUAUGCAAAAGAAAAUUGUGAUUUUUAAGGGUAAGUGAACAUUGUGAAUAAUCAUCCCAUGCAGACUACUUUAUAUUCUCAUACAUUAAUACAUGUUUUAAUGUACUGUACAUAUGUGAUGUUGGCUCCAAAAGCAAAAUGAUUGUUGUUCAUGUACCAUUGAUAAAAACCCUGAUUACACAUUAUAUUCCACAAAAUAAUAUGUACCUGUGGUAUGAUUAUAAUCUUUCUCUACUGCUAUGCUGUUCACUA